AGAGCUCAUCGGUUGCCGCCAGGUGCGCGAGCGGAACGCGGCCUUCACGCGCGCCGGAUCCAAGCCCCAAAUAACCCCCAAAGCAAGAGCAGCAGCUCGGUCGUCGUCGCUCGGCCAUGGCGGAGGCGGACAGAGCGGAGCCGGCGGACAGCGAGCAGGACGAGGAGGAGGACGUGUACGAGGUGGAGCGGAUCAUCGACAUGCGCGUGGAGGAGGGAGAAGUGCUCUACCGGGUGCGGUGGAAGAACUACUGCUCUGACGAUGACACCUGGGAGCCCGAGGCCCACCUGGAGGACUGCUGUGAGGUCCUCCUGGCCUUCAAGAGGUCAAUGGCAGAGGUCAAGGCCAGGAAGGAGGCCGAGGCCAAGAAGAGCCUGAAAGCUCCGCCUCCAAAGAGCGACACGGCUGACUCUGACAGCGAGGAGGACAAAGACCGGCCGACCGAGGCGCCCCUCAAGAGGAAGAAGAAGAAGAGGAAGAGCCAAGAGGAAGAGGAGGAGCUGCCUCCGAAGGAGAAGACGAAGAAGAGAAAAGACAAACGGAAGGAGGAAGUCAGGCCUCUACCGGCACCGGAGACAGAAGAAGAAGAGGAGGAGGAGGAGGAGGAAGAGCAGGAGGAGAGAGCCCCGACCCCAACCUCUCCUGCCAAGGAGAAAGCGAGCGAGCCGAAGAAGCGUCAGGUGGAGUCCGAAGAGGAAGACGAGGAGCCGGUUCCCUCCAAGAAGCACAAGAAGGAGAAAGAGGGAGCCAAGCAAAGGAGAGACAAAGGAGAGGAGGCGAGGAGAAGGAAAGGGAAGAAGGAGACCUCUGAAGACGAGGCCCCUCUGGAGGAGCCCCUGAGCGACGGCCCGGCGGAGGCCCUCCUGGACCCGGAGGACCGGAAGCAGAAGACGGGCAAGUGGGAGGUGAAGCUGCAGGGCAUCCGGGACCUGGUCCAGGACCAGAGGAGCCGCAAGGAGAGGCUCAAGGGCCCGGCCCCGAGGCCCAGGGACGACGCCCCGCACUCCGACUCCAGCGACAGCUCCACGCUGCUCAAGAAGGCUAAGAGCGCCUCCUCCACCUCCUCCACCUCCUCUGGCACCAAGCUGAAGGAGGAGGAGGAGGCGCUGGGCCCCAGGGAGGCGGCGGCGCCGGGCUCCACCAACCUGUUUGAGAAGUUCCUGUUGAACUGCGAGGCCAAAGACCGCGCCCCCCGCCGGCAGCCGGCCCACCAGACCGGCCCCGAGAAGACCAGCAAGAACCCCAAGGGAGGAGGGAAGAUGGACAAGACCUCCAAGACCCCCAAAGAGUCUCAGAAACCAGAGCCAGAGAAGACGGAGAAGACCAAGACACCCGACGCCUCCAGACCCGGCCAGAGUUCCGGCUUCAGCCUGGACAGCGAGGAGCGGGAGGGGGAGGAGCCUGCAGCCAAGGCCAAGGAGAGGCUGGAGGAGGCGCAGAGGAGCGGCUGGGAGAGGAGGAGCUCCACGGAGGAGAGGAGGAAGAGGAGGGACGACAGCGAGCCCAGACUCUUCAUCGCAUGUGAUGACACCCAGGACCCCCAGGAGCCACCAGGGGGCGCCGACAAGUCUGAUAAGGGCCAGGCCACCUUGAGUCUGGGGAUGGACCUGAACCUGGACUGGAUGACCCUGGACGACUUCCAGAAACAUCUGAACGGGGAGGAUGAGAUCCUGUCCGGCCCGCCGCUGUCGCCCAGUGAGUUACGGGACGCCGUGAAAAGUGGAGACUACAUGGCGGUGAAGCUGGCGCUGAACUCCAAAGAGGACUACAAUCUGGACCAGGAGGACGUCAGCGGCAUGUCCCUGAGCAUGCUGGCGGCGGCGGGGGGGCAGGACGACAUCCUGCGGCUGCUGAUCAGAAAAGGCGUGAGGGUGAACGGCCGGCAGAAGAACGGCACCACGGCGCUGAUGCACGCCGCCGAGAAGAAUUUCCUGACGACCGUGGCCAUCCUGCUGGAGGCGGGGUCCUACGCCAACGCCCAGACGCUGAGCGGGGAGACGGCGCUGAUGAGGGCGUGCAAGCGAGGGAACGCCGACGUGGUGCGCCUCCUGCUGGAGUACGGAGCGGACUGCAACAUGGUGUCCAAGAACAAGACGGGCGCCAUGUACUUCGCCAAGCUGGGCAACAACCUGGCGGUGUGCGACCUCAUCAAGGACCACACCAGCACGCUGUCCAGCGUGGCGGAGGCCUUCCCUCUGGCCUGCCACCGGCUCUGUGAGGGGCCCGACUACUCCCUGGAGUUCGGCUUCAAGUCGCAGCCGCAGCCGGAGGGCUCCGGCGUGCUGCUCUUCCUGUUCCACGCCAGCUUCCUGGGGAAUCUGUCCCCUCCGCUGUUCCUGGACAGUCACUUCGUUUACUCCUUCAGUCCAAUUCCUGGAAUCAACAGACUCUUCAUACGGCUAGCGGAGGCUCCAGCAGCCAAGGUCAAGCUCCUCAUCUGUGCGUACAGAGUCCAGCUGCAGUGACCAGGUCACACUGAGGAGGCGGAGCCUGUUGGAACCUCGUCAUCGGGAUGAAUCAAGCUCCGCCCACAAACUGUCGACUGAAACGCCACCAUGACGACUGUUUUUACUGGAAGAAGAGAUGUUUGUUGUUGUUGUUUACAGUUUUUCUGCCUCCCCGAUACAGAGUUGCUGUUUCAUAUUUUCUGGUCUGUAAAUAUUGACGUGCGUCAUUAUAUCUUGUCAUCGCUUGUUGUCCACGGUAACAAAGUUAUUGAUGCGCUCGUUGUGACGGAGGGAAAACAGAAACCGCUGAUUCAGGAAUCUAAAAGUUUCUAGAUCUAUAGUAUAGACUCACAAUGUUGAUAUGUGAACCCCUCGGUCUCUUUGUUACAAAUAAAAUGUGUACAGAAAUAUU